UGUUGUGAAAAAAACGAAAAAAAAGAAAAUAACGAUGUAGAGUAGAAGAAAACACAAAGACGUGCUAAGAUCCAAUUCUCCCCUGCUCAAGCAGGUACCACGGCGAUCUGCAGCGGCGCGCACGCCGGAAACUCACUUUCUCUCUCCUAAAUUUCUUCCGUCUCUCUCCUAAAUUUCUUCCGUCUCUCUUCAUUUCUUUAUAUCAGUUACUUGAAACUUUUGCGAUAUUUUGCAGAAAUCUCUGCAAAUUCAGUUCUUCUUCGCUUAAUUUAUAGUUCAAUUUAUAGAAUUUCAUAUCGGAUCAUUUUUAUUUCAAUUGCACCUUGUAUAUGAUCCAUUAAUGGCGAAAAUUAGGGAUAGGACUGAGGAUUUUAAGGAUGCUGUUCGCCGUGAAGCCGUUUCUUUGGAGUACGAUGAGUCUAAAGUGGCUGCUAUAAUGGCAUCAUUCAUCAUACACAAGCCUCGAGAAAGGACUCAAUUCAUGAAAGCUUCACUUAAAACACUUGAGAGUAUUGGAGAGUUGGAUCAGUUUUUGAUGAAACAUAAGCGCGAUUAUGUGGAUUUGCAUCGGACAACGGAGCAAGAGAGAGAUAGUAUUGAGCAGGAAGUUACUUCUUUUGUUAAACUAUGUCAAAAGCAGAUAGACGUUCUAAAAGCUAGUAUAAAUGAUGAAGAAGCCAACUCGAAGGGUUGGCUUGGUAUACGAAUGGCUUCCAAUGCUGAUACAAUUGCGCAUAAACAUGGAGUGGUUUUGAUAUUAAGUGAAAAGCUUCAUUCAGUUACAUCAGAAUUUGACCGGCUGAGAGCUAUACGGUUCCAAGAUGUUCUGAAUAGAGCAACGCCCAGAAGAAAACGAAACCGUAUCCCUGAGUCAAGUGCAACAGACCACUUGAAAUCAAAGCAUCUAGAGAAUAAGGAACCUGAUGAAGUGGAACCCAGUCCCCAAAGAGUCCAAGAGCAGCUUUUGGAUGAUGAUACUCGUGCACUUCAGGUGGAGCUGAGUAAUCUUCUAGAUGCAGCUCAACAAACUGAAACCAAAAUGGUGGAGAUGUCUGCACUGAAUCACCUCAUGUCUACACAUGUUCUCCAGCAAGCCCAACAGAUCGAGCAUUUGUACGAACAGGCAGUUGAAGCAACGCAAAAUGUGGAGCUUGGCAACAAAGAGCUGUCUCAGGCCAUACAGAGGAAUAGUGGUAGCAGAACAUUUCUUUUGCUAUUUCUGAUUGUACUUACUUUCUCUGUCUUAUUUCUUGACUGGUAUAACUAGUGUAUGUAAAUAUCUGGUCCAACAUUUGCAAGCUUAUCAUCAGUCAUCAUCACUCUAGAAGGUAGUCCUUGUUAAUUUUUUCAUGGAACUGGGACAGCCAAGAUCUGUGCAUGGUCAUGACCAAUGGUACCGGGGGUGUGAGACUAACAAAUUCGACCAAUAUGACUUCAAAUUGAGAUUAUUUUUCAGUCUGAUCUUUUUGGUGUGUAAUCAUAAUACAUUAGCAUGAUAGAAAUUAAAUCCCAUAAAUGGAGUUUUUCUGUGUGCUGACGCUAA